AUGGCUUCUGUGUUCAAUGAUCUUGCUAACAUUGAUAGUUCUAAAGUUUCAUGGAAGAUAUUGGUUAAAGUUGUUCGUUUAUGGUCUACAAGGCGUUUCAAUGGUUGUAAGAUCCCCCAUGCUAUUGAGCUAGUUCUUAUGGUUUCGAAGGAAGGUGGUGUUUACUCCAUGUCUUUCUUGGCUCCUGUGGUUAAUAGUGAUGACUAUAAGACUACAAAGUACCAGUACAAAGUUAAUUUUCUCUACAACACUGAAGUUCAUCCCAUGAACCAGAACCCUAUCAAUUUUAGUCCUUUCUUAUUUGUUCAUGUCCGUUCCAUUUUGAAUCACGCUAUUGAUGUCAAUUAUUUAGUGGAUGUUCUUGGAAUUCUUACUGGAGUUGGGAAUGAAAAGUCUUAUGGGAGUGAUCGUGAUAGUAUUAAGAUGAAUGUCAUUGAGAAAUGCUCUGUUUUGUGUCUCACUCGUGGUAUGGUACCAAGACAACAGAAAAUGAAAUCUUACAAGAUGUCUUCGUUAGAGUUAGAGGAGAAGAUUGGCCGAUUUGAUAUUGUUGUUGUGACUGUAUGGUGUAGCUUGGCCGAUUUGAUAUCGUUUAAUGCUGUUGCUGAAACUACUGGAGUUUGA